AUGAGUGUACAACGCGUGUCGGAAUGCUCCUGGAUGGAGGACAUGGAGUUCUACAAGAACACUCUGUAUCAGCGGGUCCAGGAGUGCCCAAUAUCAAUCACGCCAGGCACCGAGAUGAUACGUUUUUUGCGGAAUGAACUUAUUCGGGCCGAAAAGAACGAUGAGUCUGCGGAGUACCGGCUGGUUGUUGGGGAUAUGUUCAAAGUGGUGACGGAUUCCUUAGUGUCUGCGGUUCAUCGGAGUGCUCCGUAUACCCACAUUGAUAGCAGCGCCCCAAGGGAUUAUCACGUCACGAAGGACGAGGACGAACUCCUGAUGGUGGAUGGCAUCUUUGACUCCGACGAGGAGGGCGACGCCGACAGUGAGACCGUGACCAAGCCGUCGAUAAAGGAGAAGGAACAAAAACAACGAAAAAGGGAGGAACUAAGAAAGAGGCGGGAGGAGGAAGAGGAAAUGCUUGUCAAGCAAAAUAAAGUACCUGAUGAUAAAGGGGGGCUCUUAAAUACGUUGGGUCCGUAUGCCGCACCGCGUCUCACAGUUAGAGCCUCCACGUUCACUUUCCCGAGUCGAAAGUCUUUGGAGCAGCGUACCGCCCUCCCCUCCCCCGGGUCUUCAUCCGAGGAGGAUGACAAUGAUGACGAGGAGGAAAAUGUGGGAGGCGGCGUUUCAUCGUCCUUCUCAUCCGGUGGUGGCGAGGCUGUAGCCCACCUGACGGCUUUUAUGAAGCCCCUGUCGAUGGACUCUCUGAAAAAAGUCAGUGAAAGUGCAAAGGUAAAGAUAAAACCCUCAUCUUCAAACAGGGAGUACAUCACUCAGAUCGUCAAGACAGCUGUAAGACUUGGGUGCGAAAAGGCAUGCGUCUUGAUGGAUAAACAUAAAAUAAUUGAGGAGAUGACAAAUCACGUUCAGGCCGGCCCUCUGCACACCGCAGCCAGCAUCGACUUUCUGCAAUCCCUUCCAGAUCAACUAAAACAUGCUUUAGGUCACAUUUUGGGUGUCUGGGAAGAGAGUCCCCAGGUGGAAGCCAUGUGGGAGCGCAUGGUGGCCAUGGGUUUCUUGGCAGUUUUAACGAACCUUCGCCUAAAGCCGCUCAAGAAGAUUGCGACGGAGUUAGGUGUGUCCAUGCCAGACACACAUUCCACCGAGAAGUGCUGUGAAACCAUCAUGUUUGCUGCCUUUCCUCGGGAACGUUUGCGGGCAAAAAAUUCGCGUUCCAAGAGGCAAAAGACGCUCAAUUUUACGGUUCCGCCAUCUGGCAUGCGAUGUAAAGGGCAUAUGGGCUUUAUCACGUUUCAGGUGGAGAAUGUUUCCAUUCUACCAAAAGACAAUGAACGUCGCUACUCACCGGAGUUUGAGUUUGGUAAACUGAAAUGGAGUCUUCUUUGUAUGGCGAACAAGGAGUUUUUGGCUCUUUACUUGUGCCAGACCGGUAGUGUCUUCUGCAAGUUUUUGAUAACAGUGUUGAAUCACGUGAAUGUGGACGACUCCAUCUGCAAUGAAGGAACACAACGUUUUUCGACACGAUCACAAGAAAAUGACUGGGGGUUUAAUACGGUGAUCAAGUUUGAAGAGCUUCUGAACCCAAAAAGGGGGUUUUGGCAGGAAGAGGGCGAUAGCGUCACAAUCGAGGUUGGCAUUGUACUUGUGGAGACGCCGAAGCCACUGAGUCUUGCGAAAAACGCGUCGAAUAAGGACAAGCAGACGGGGCCCAAGGUGGAUGAAAAGGCGAUGCGGCAGCUCAUUGAGGACGAGAAGAUGGCACAGAUGAAGAAGCGCAUCAAACAAGAGAUGGCCAAAUUGACAAGGGAUGGGGAGAAGGCGCGGAAAGACAUUGCGCAGCGGGCUGCAAAAGGGUUUCACGACUUGAUGGAGCGUUUCAAGGCAGAAAAGCAACGCAUCGUCAAGGAGCUCGCGGAGCGCGAACGGCGGGAGCAGCAGGAACGUCAGCGCGAGCUUGAGAUUAUCAGGCAGGCGCAGGAGCAGAACGCCGAAAUGAGGCGUCGCAUCGAAGAACUAAAGAAGGAAAGCGUCAAUUUGUCAAGGGAAAAGAAGGAACUAACGCAGGCGACAAAAGAACUAAAAAAGGCAGGCGAGAAGUAUGCUCAGGAGCUCAAUGCAAUCAACGAGAAGAAGGCGUCGCUUCAACAGAAAGUGAAGCAUCAAGAAAAGAGAAUUGCUGCAGUGCAAAAACAAAUCGGCGAUCUGCGUCGGGAGGAGCCGCUUAAUCCAUUGUCUUCCGAUGAUGAGGCGAACGUGAGCGAUGACAGUGAAAUCAUGUCUCGACUAAAAGAAUCCUUUGAGCAGUAUAUCGGCUUGGACGGCAAAGGCGUGUGA